CGCAAUGAGAAUAAAAAAAACACUUUUGUCAUUUGCUUGAGAACAUUUUUUCCUCGACGAAAAAGUGACAUAUCGAUGCUCGUCCAGUUCAAUAUUAUUAUAGUUGAGUGAUUAGACUCAUUUGGUAUCGCUGUGCGUUCCAAAAAACUCAAAGAAACAAAUUUUUUUUAUAAACUUAUUUAUCAUAGAAAUAAUAAAUAUCCGAAGCGUAAAGCCCCGGCCAUAUCAAAUUAUUAUCAUAUUGGACAUUACAUUUAAAAUUGCGAAAAGAUGAAUAAAGUUGUUCAAUUAAGAAAAAAUGGAUUAAGCUACAUCCAAUAAGGACGGCAUGAACGACACUGUAUACGACAUACAAUACGCACGAGGGUGCGUGUAAUGUGUGACGUAGCGGAGGGUGAGAAAGAAAGAGAGGGGGAAGAGAGAGAGAGAGACGAAUUGUGUCAAGUUACCAAGCGCUGUCAUUUCUGGCGGUGCUUCGGAACAUUCACUGCAUGUCGGUAGUGUUUUUGAGCAUUUUGUAGAAACGAAGAACGAAGCGAACGCGUAUUUAAUUGAAACUUGUAAUGGCGGACACGACUGUAGACGCAACGCGGCGCUUAAAUGUGAAAAAACAAACGCUGGACGACGCUUACGCAGCACCUGCGAAUUUCCUUGAGAUCGAUGUGAUUAAUCCGAUCACACACGGCGUCGGCAAGAAACGAUAUACCGAUUACGAAGUUCGUAUGAGGACAAACUUACCAGUCUUUAAAGUUAAGGACUCAACAGUAAGAAGACGUUACAGUGAUUUUGAAUGGCUGAGAAAUGAAUUAGAAAGAGAUAGUAAGAUUGUGGUACCACCUUUACCAGGAAAAGCAUGGAAACGUCAAAUGCCUUUUCGUGGAGACGAUGGAAUAUUUGAAGAAGAUUUUAUCGAAGAUCGAAGAAAAGGCUUGGAAGUUUUUGUUAACAAAAUAGCUGGACAUCCUUUGGCACAGAACGAACGAUGUUUGCACAUGUUUCUGCAAGAACCGGUAAUAGAUAAGAAUUAUGUACCUGGGAAGAUACGUAAUACAUAAGUCGCCAUAAAAAAGUAUCACAAAUAUCUUUUCCACCAAACCGUCACAUUUUUGAUCGCGUUUUCAUUAUAUUAUUGACAUCUUGUUUGGGAGUCACGAAUAUUCUUCUAUAUUCUUGCAAAAACUAUAAAUAAGCUUCCAGUGCUACGAUAUCAAUUCGGGAUACUUAUUUUUGGAAAUAUCCACUUCUAGUUUAUUCUUUAAAUAUUAUUACACGAAAACAUAGUUAAGCAUCUUUAUAAAGAAAUAAAUGGUAAAUUGACAAAAUCAUUCUUACAUGUUACUAGGUUGAUUCUGUCUACUGUUAUCAUAUGAUACUGUUUAUAACGAAAGAAAUAAGUAAAAUAAAAAAAUGUUAUUCAUAAGAAUUAUAUCGUAAAAUGUACUCCUCAUUUUGUUAAUUAUGUAGCUAGUGUAUUGUUUAACAUAAUUAAAAAUUGAUAUAUAAAUUGA